AUCCAAAGGAAAAUGGUAGCACGAUGAGAGCUCUACACCAGGGAUAACUUCUUAUUUGAGCCCCGUCUCUCUGAUUCCUGGCCAGCAGUUGCGGUCCGCAUCACCUUGAUACCCAUCCAUAUCCAUCUCACCGGGGACCUUACCAAAAAUCAACAUAUCAAAAUGGCCAUCACUUUGCCUGACGAGUACGGCUACGUCCUUGCCGUAGCAACCUCCACCUUCUUUAUCAACACGCUGCACGCGGUCCUCACCUCGAACCGCCGGAGGUCCUCGGGCAUCAAGUACCCAGUUGCCUAUGCUACCAACGAGGUUGCCGAAAAGGACCCCAAGGCCUAUGCCUUCAACUGCGCCCAACGCGCCCACGCAAACUUCACGGAAAACCUCACCCCCUUUUUAGGCGCAAUGCUCGUCUCGGGCCUGCGCUACCCAAUCUACGCCGCCGGCGUCGGCGCAGCCUGGUCUGCCGCCAGAGUCAUGUAUGCGCUGGGAUAUACGUCCAGCAAGGGCCCACAAGGACGCACUCUCUGGUCCGCUAUCGGAUUUCUGUGUGAUUUCGCGGUUAAGGGAAUGGCGCUGCGGGCUAGUGCCGGCUGGGUGCUUGGAUGGUGAGUGUGGGGUUGCUGUGUAUCAGGAAGAGUAUCCCGGCGAAAGGGUGAAGUCAGGAACGGGACUCCUUUCCCCUGCGCCAUGGCUAUUGCUGUAUAGCCGAGUGAGCUGCUUAUAUGAAUAAAUAAUAUCACUUUGUCAAUUCCAGUCAGGCGCCACCUGGAGAAGGCCUCCAACCG